AAAACCAACCAAGGUAUAGAUUAGCAGGACUUCUAACUUCUUGCUGGACUGAAUUUGUUAGUUGUAUUGUUGAAAUCACUCAACAGCAAGCAUCUAAAAAUGAAGACUCCCAAGACAUUUGAGGAGCAAACGGAAAUCAUUGUGAAUGGUCUUCUCAUGGACAUGUUGGACUCCAACUCGCAGGUUGCUAACCGGGUUCUCAUUGCUGGCGAAGAACCGGACGCAGGAGAGGCUGACUCUUUCGAUGUGGCCGUCAUUGUUGGUCGCCUGCGGAUGUUGGGGGACCAGUUCAAUGGAGAGCUGGAGGCUUCUGCCAGAAAUCUCAUUGAAGAAACCAUUCGGGGACAGGCAGGAGCUGUACUUCAGGGCAUGGUGCAAUCUCUGAGCCAGACCUGGUGUGCUCAGGAUUCCAACUUAGCAUAUGAAAAAGCCUUCCUGGCAGUGUCAGUCAAACUGGUGGAGUGUGUGAUCCGCUUGGCUCCUGGAAUGCUGCAACGGAUGAGCGAUGCCAUGAGGGAUAUGAUCAACGGGAACAGAAACAUCCGGGAGUUUAUCCAGGGUCAGGGAGGUUGGGAAAACCUGGAGAGCUGAAGAGCUGGAUUUUUUCCCUACACUGAAUGACACUGCCUAUUUGAUCAGGCAUUUGAUUUCUGGCAAUGAAAAUGGAUACACAGAAU